CACACACAGAAAGAUGGGUGUUGGCAAUUAUGCACAAGGGCUCAUUCUAGCACUGGUAAUGGCUUCGACAUGGGCAGCAAACGGGGAAGAGGAGAGGCUGGGCACCCGACCAGGCCUUAACGACUCCGACUGCAAGUGGGGAAGUGGCGGUCACCAUGCCGGCACUCCGCAGACCCCUGGAGAACCCAGAAGGAUCACUGUGGGCGGCCUGGAUCACAAGUGGAACACCUUUGGCUUUAAUUACGCUCGCUGGGCUCUCAACCUCACUCUUCACCAGAAUGAUACUCUAGUUUUUCAGUACAAGCUGCCCACGAAGGACACACAUCCUCACAGUGUGUACAUGUUCAAGCAUUGGGACUACUUGAGCUUCACCGACUGCAACUUGACGAAUGCAAAGAUGGUGGCGGAUCAGACACAAGGAGCCGAUGCUGGAUUCGAGUUUGUGCUAGACCAGGCGGCGACACCUUACCUAUUUGCGUGCGGCGAGCGGGGCGGCCUCCAUUGCAGCACUGGCUUGAUGCGGUUCAUGGUGGUGCCUUUGCCGCACGACUGUGGCGUCCCCACGCAGCAUGGCCCUCAUGGUCGACGCAUGCUUGCGUAAUUUCAUAAGCUCCAUCUUGUAGCUCUACUUUAUUGCUACUUUGUGUUUUGUAUUUUGUACUUGUGUAGUUGGCUC